AUGCCGUGCCUGCAGACCACCAUUCCCGACUGCACCGCUCCGACCCGCGUCCGGUGCUACAGCGGUGUUGGACUCCCUCCAUUGUCCUGUUAUACAGGGCGACGAUCGAGCCUCGAUUUCAGGACUAGGCCUACGCUGGCUGACAGGAGGUUAUUCAUAGACAAGUAUAACAGCAGUUUUUUUUCUUUUUUAGUUUAUCGUCGCAUUGUUGAGUCUGAUGUAGGGGAUUCUUUCUAUAUCAGAACUCAUUUUGAAUAUGAAAAGGAAUCUCCUUAUGGAUUAAGCUUCAACAAAGGUGAAGUGUUUCGGGUUGUGGACACUCUAUAUAAUGGCAAACUGGGUUCAUGGCUGGCGAUUCGAAUUGGCAAGAAUCAUAAGGAAGUUGAAAGAGGUAUCAUACCUAACAAAAACAGAGCUGAACAACUAGCUAGUGUACAGUACACGCUUCCAAAGACAGCAGGAGGAGAUCGAGCGGAUUUCUGGAGAUUCCGAGGUUUGCGUAGCUCAAAAAGAAAUCUCCGAAAAAGUAGAGAAGAUCUUUCUGCUCAGCCUGUUCAGACAAAGUUCCCUGCCUAUGAAAGAGUUGUUCUUCGGGAAGCUGGGUUUCUCAGACCAGUGACCAUUUUUGGUCCAAUAGCUGAUGUUGCACGGGAGAAACUAGCCAGAGAAGAACCAGAUAUCUUUCAAAUUGCAAAAAGUGAACCAAGAGAUGCUGGUACUGACCAACGUAGUUCUGGCAUUAUUCGUCUUCAUACGAUAAAACAGAUAAUUGAUAGAGACAAACACGCUUUACUAGAUGUCACUCCUAAUGCAGUGGACCGUCUGAAUUAUGCACAGUGGUAUCCUAUUGUAGUGUUUCUGAACCCUGAUUCUAAGCAGGGUGUGAAGACUAUGAGAAUGAGGCUGUGCCCAGAAUCACGAAAAAGUGCCAGGAAGCUGUAUGAAAGAGCUCACAAGCUACGGAAAAAUAAUCACCACCUCUUUACAACUACCAUUAACUUGAAUUCAAUGAACGAAGGAUGGUAUGGAGCUCUAAAAGAAGCAAUUCAGCAACAACAGAACCAACUGGUGUGGGUUUCUGAGGGAAAGGCAGAUGGUGCUACGAGUGAUGACCUUGAUUUACACGAUGACCGCCUUUCUUACCUCUCGGCUCCCGGUAGUGAAUAUUCUAUGUACAGUACAGACAGCAGACAUACAUCUGACUAUGAAGACACAGAUACAGAAGGUGGUGCUUAUACUGAUCAAGAACUGGAUGAAACUCUGAAUGAUGAGGUUGGAACUCCUCCUGAAUCUGCUAUUACACGUUCUUCUGAACCCGUUAGAGAGGAUUCUUCUGGAAUGCAUCAUGAAACUCAAACUUACACUAGUUACGCAUCUCAAGCUCAGCCACAGCCAAAUCUUAGAAUAGAUUCUUCAGGAUUUAAAACAACUGCUUCUCAGCCGAAAGCAGAAGCAUCACCUGCAGUCCCUUACCUUUCCCCGUCGCCUGAAUCAAACCCUGCAACCUCAUCAACCUCUGCAGUAAAUGCUAAUGUAAACCUAACUAAUGUCAGACUAGAGGAGCCCACUGCUGCUCCUUACAACUCUUAUCAACCACAAGCGGGCCCCUUAAGAACAUCAAGUACUGAGGGAGCUCAUGUAGUGCUAAGAGAUCAAGAGCCAUCAUCCUUACCGCCGCAUAUAGAUCCAGCAAAGGUAUACAGAAAGGAUCCAUAUAUUAAUGAGGAAGCAUCCAGACAAAGCUAUGUCUUAAAACAGCCAGCUGUUAAUCACCCAGCACAGAGACAGGAAAGAGACCCAAAUCUGAUCUAUGAAUCUCAGUCUCAAUAUGCAGAAAAACAACCAAGUAGGGAAUAUGAACAGUCAACAUAUAGGUAUGAUUCUACAAACUAUGUAGAUCAAUUUUCUCGUGGGUAUGACCCUCGACUACAUUAUGAAGAUCGCGUGCCUCCCUAUGAGGAGCACUGGUCAUAUUAUGAUGAAAAACAGCCCUACAGUCAACCAAGAACAGCUUAUGAAAGCCAGCCUCCUAGAGAUCUUGACUCCAGACAAAAUACAGAAGAGAGCACAGAACGCAGCUAUUACCCAGCACAACCCCGAUUUGAGGAACAUCCUCCGAUGAGCUAUGAUGGCAGGCCUCGCUAUGAGCAUGCACCCAAAAACUUCAGCUUACCACAAGUGCGGUAUGAAGAUCAACACCCUGUUGGCUAUGACACACAUGCACAUGGUAGAUAUAAACAAGAAGCUCAGCCAUACCAGUCAGCCAUAUCUCGAUCUCCUGAACCCAAGCAGUACUUUGAUCCACAUAUGAGGGGCUAUGAGCAAGGUCCUCCUCAAGCUUACAAUGCAAAAGCUGGACAAUUUGAGCCUUCUCAUAGCACUUCAAGUGUUUCUCUUCCUCCUCCUGCUUCUUCACAAACAAAACCAGAAGUUUUGCCUUCCAACAGUAAACCACUGCCUACACCACCAUCUCUAGCAGAGGAAGAGGAGGAUCCAGCCAUGAAACCGCAGUCUGUGCGAAGUAGAGUUAAGAUAUUUGAACGAAGAAGAUCACCAUCCCUGGAAAAAAUGAAGGAUCCCAGUGACACGUCAGCUGUUAAACCUCCAGAACUAGCACCGAAGCCUACGCUCCCAGCCAUGAGUGGCCCAAAAACAACUUCUCAAAGCCAAUAUGAACAUGACAAAACAACUUACAGGGCCCCAGAACCACAGAGACCUCAAGUGAAGCCACCUGAAGAUAUUGUGCGUUCAAAUCAUUAUGAUCCUGAAGAAGAUGAAGAGUAUUACCGAAAACAGCUCUCAUACUUUGAUCGCAGGAAUUUUGAGAAUAAACCUUCUGCACAGGUUCCUGCCAGCCAUCAUUCUGACUCCACUAAACCAAUACAUUCACAAAAUCAGCUGAAUUUCUCCAAUUAUUCUAAGGGGAAGCCAACUGAUGCUGAAUCAAUGGAUAGAUCUGUUGGUGACAAGCGCUAUGAGCCAAUCCCUCAAGUUACAACUCCUCCUCCUGCUCCUUCAGUACAGUACACACAGCCUCAGUCAAUUAAUAGUCCUGUCCUGUCUCUCCCAGCACAUCACAAGCCUGCACUUUCUGAAGUUAACUCUGUGUCUGACCCUCCUCCACCUCAGAAUAAGCCAGCAAUUUUCAGAUCCUCUAGAGAGGACACUGUACAGUCCACCUUUUAUCCCCAGAAAAGCUUCCCUGACAAAGGUCCUGUUAAUGGAACUGAACAGGUUCAGAAAACAGUCACUCCUUCUUACAACCGUUUCACAACAAAACCUUACACUAGUGCUGCAAGGCCCUUUGAGCGCAAGUUUGAAAGUCCUAAAUUCAACCAUAAUCUCUUGCCAAAUGAAGCUCAGCAUAAACCAGAGUUGCCAUCAAAAUCUCCAAAUUCUCCUCAACCAAUUUUGAAAGCACACAGCUCAUCACAGCCUCCUGAGUUUGACAGUGGAAUGGACACCUUCACUGUACAGGUCGACAAACCUAAAUAUCAACCAAAUAAUGUAAAUGCUGUGCCUAAAGCCAUUCCUGUAAGCCCUACAGCAUUAGAGGAUGAGGAGGAGGAAGAUGGACACACUGUUGUAGCCACAGCAAGAGGUGUAUUCAACAGCAAUGGUGGUGUAUUGAGCUCCAUAGAGACCGGAGUUAGUAUUAUUAUUCCACAAGGAGCCAUUCCAGAGGGAAUAGAGCAAGAAAUAUAUUUUAAAGUCUGCAGAGACAACAGUAUACUUCCACCUUUGGACAAAGAGAAAGGUGAAACACUUCUUAGCCCCUUGGUAAUGUGUGGGCCUCACGGACUAAAAUUCCUGAAACCAGUGGAGCUGCGCCUGCCACACUGUGCGUCUAUGACCCCUGAUGGUUGGUCUUUUGCUCUAAAAUCCUCUGACUCCUCGUCGGGUGACCCCAAAACCUGGCAGAACAAGUCUCUUCCUGGAGAUCCAAACUAUCUUGUUGGAGCAAACUGUGUCUCAGUCCUAAUUGACCACUUCUAAAUAUUAAGUUAGCUGACUCAAGUAAAUAAUGUGAAACUGAGAUGGACCUUACAUAUAAACUGAACCACUCUAUCAAGUAUUAACUGUUCUAUAAGUGAUAAUGGAUCUUAGUGUUUAAGCAUCUUGCUUUAACUAACAAUGGUUUAGCAAGUACACUCUUUGAACCAUGGUCACAAUACAUGCCACAAGCAGGGAGUGUACUGUGGGAACAAGGUAGGGUUCUUGCAGGUUCUGUAUGCUUUGGUUUAUUGGUUGUUAUUUUGUGUUAAUUUUUUGUUGUUUUAAAGGACACUACUAGUAUUUCAUUGUUUAAAAAUUGAAAGUACCAAUGGGAUUAUAUUCAGAGGAACUGAAUUUGGUUUAUGCUCCACUGGCGAAACACAGAAUUUGGCCUACAUUUUUAAUACUGUGUAUUUUCUAAUUCACAAGACUACAUUUGGUCUCUAGUUUUUAAAUGACUUUCAGUGUAUGUGUCCAAUGAAAUGGCAAUCAACUUUGGGUAGCACAGUUUAGAUGUUUUCCUCUGCUGAGAGGCUAAUACAAACACAUCUACUUACUUACUCUGUGUGGAAACAUUGUCAUGAGAACAGGGGGGAGGGGGAAAAGCAUGUGGGAUGACUAUGGUUCAGUUGCCUCUGUGGAUUUGUAAAUUAACCACAUUAUUACAAACCUAUUAACCAGCAGGGAUGCCUUACCCUCAUGUUUUUAAUAGUCUUAGCUCUCAUAGUUCUCUGUAUUAAGUUUGUAUGGCUUUUGUGCUUACCUAGAUAAUAUAUCAUGAGAGACUGGAGAGAGAGGAACAAAAAAAAAAAAAAAUUGUGAAUUUGGUUUAGAGAAUGAGUACUGUUUGUGUUCAUCAGCCAGAAGAGAACCAGGGGAAAAUGAUGGUAUGUUUUCUGCUAUGCAUUUGAAAAUUUAUAGAUGUUAUAGAACGCUUGUAUAUAAUGCGUGCAUACCACUUUUGUUCUUGGUUUGUAAAUUAACUUUUAUAAGCUUUACCUUUUUAUAUAUAUAAAUAUAUAUAAAAACAAACAAAGUUUCUUAAGGAUAUCUUUGUAUUCUCAUACCUUUUGAGCCUUGAACUUUGACAUCUGCAGCAAUAAAGCAGCAUUUCUACAAUAUACAAACAAGGACAUUUUUUAAAAAAUGCACAAAGUUGUUACCUUUUUAAGUGCUGCAUUUAAAGAGUAUAAGUCGGAAUUCUCUACUUUGAUUAAAAUCUUGAAAAGUAUCCCUACUGUAAUUUGUCAUAAGGAUGCUGUACUAUGUGCCCUGAAAUGUAUUUUUUUACUAAUAGACGAUUUAUUACGGCACAUCGGCACUACUACUGUUUAGAUAAUAUACCACUGCAUUCUGUUAAUGAGUUAUUAGCUAUUCAGGUGUGGCUGAUUUUUUUUCUCUGCAGUUAUUAAAAUUACACAUUUCUAAAUAUACAGAAUAAAACUGUUUUUAAAAUAAUAAA